AAAAUUGCCAAAUCCGGCCAGCUCGAAGGCAACCAGGGAAAACAAUGCCAUUCCCCAACAAUGCAUUGACGGAACGAGCGAAAGGUUCCUCGUAUAAUCGAGCUCGCAUGAUGUCAGUCAGUGUCAGCCUUUGCUGCUGUACAAUGCUCGAAAGGUAUAAAAACCCAGAGACUUCACCCCUCCGAAAGCCAAUUGAAGCACAUGCCGAUUACUCACCCGGCAUCCGAUGAAGGCUUGCCAUCUGCUGGGUAACUCCUCAAAGAUAUAUUGUGACCGCAACCACACUAUCGCAACUCUGUCCAACGGUCCUUCACAAUGAAACUUGCUACCCUGGCUAUCACAUUCCUUCUAGGCACAUCCACCACUGCUGCCGCCUGGGAGCUUCGCGCCAACGGUCAGAAAUGGACGGGCACCAACCCUCAGCGCUGCACCGCUGUCAACAUCCCCAAGGGCGCGAAAAUUAGCUGGUCGGGAUCAUCGGGCGCUCGGACACUGCAAGUGUACAACAUGAAAGGAAGUUGUUCGCAGGUAUAUCGAACCGUGCAGGGGGUGGGUGAUAUCAAUGCCUCGAACAACAUUUACGGAUUUGUGGUGAAGGCUUGAUGGAAAGGAUGCAACCAAGUGUUAGGAGCGUUGUACCAAGUUCAUUGGAUAUGGA